UAGACACGACUUGAAAUCAAAGUUGCAUUUGUUUCUUUUCACUCCUGGUUAAUGUUGCAUUUUCACCAGCAUUUCCAAGUGAAGCCACCUAUUGUCGUAGUGGUGUAAUUCGUGCUUAGAACUACAUAAGAAUUAUCCAAGAUGUUGCAGCAGCUCUUCAUAGGCGCUGCGAAUUUUGUGGCGUCCGGAAAGCGAGGCGGCCGGGGAGAUGACCUCUAUGAUUUCUACAACAGCGUGAAUCUUCUGAUGGGUAUCAUGCUUCUGCUCUACGGCCUGAAGGGCGCCAUCCGGGCGUGGCGCGCAUGUUUGAAGUGCCGGAUUCUGAUGCGCGCCUUCGGAUUUUUCGCGCUGAAAGACCGGCAGUUGGAGUGGGAUAAGAAAUCGAAGGAAGAGAAAGCGGCCGCAACCAAAAAUUCGGGGUCGUUUUCAUCUUCUGCCGGCGAUCUGAAUAAAAUGGCGGAAACCAUCCGGCCGAGCGGCUACGGAGCAACCGGAACAACUACCACCGCGAUGAACAGCAACAAUUCUACGCGGCGCCGGGGUAGCACCACGCCGCCGGAGGACCAAAUAACACAACAACAAAAAAGCGUAAACACGACCUCCGGCAGAGAAAGUUCCUUCCUGCGCCCCCGUUUGAGCCAAACGGGCCCGCCGACCGCUGAGGAGAAGGGGCAGUGCCUCCGGUCCAUCUUGUCGUACGGCGAACUGCACGUGUCGGAGAUGAUGGCCGAUUUGGAAGAGGCACCGAGCCACAUCUGGCGCGGCUUUUGGCUGUCCGCCUGCGUGCUGUUUGUGUUAGUAAGGUGGCAGGACAUGAACUAUCUCUCCCGGGAGCUGCUGGACUUGUCUGCGGGGAGCGCUUUCGGCGCGGUGUUCCUGCCCAGCGUGGUCCUGUUUCGCUACCUGCUGGACGUGUUUCGCGGCUUUCUGCUCGUUUCCGGCCUCCUGUUUGCGGUGUUCAUCCCGCGGGCCCGCAGGAAGGACUACUGGGUGUACGAUCUGCCCGAAGACAUCACCGACGAGGAGAUCGAUAUUUUGCUGAAGUCCCGGAACGUGGGCUGGAUUUCCGCGGACAUCUGGCACGGGUGGGCGGCGGGCAUCGCGGUGGCCAACGGCGGGAUCAGCAUCAUCUGCUGGAUCUUCGAUCUGUGGGCUCGCGCGACGAUCGGCCUGGAGCCGUACGGGUGGAUCGAGAAAAGGCGGGAGGCGUUGAACCUGACCGGCGCACCAGUCACGACCGCGUCACUACCGGACGGGCAGAUGAUAUGCAAGAAAAAAACAGUGUAAGUGUAAAUUUGUGUUGCAGAACACGCAACAGAGUAGUUACACCUGUCAUGCCAGACAGCCAUGAAGCCCUCUUUUCAUCUGUGUUGUGCUUUACAUGACAGGUUUUCUCUGUCAUGUGGGGCAAAUGUGUGAUGCUGUUCCUCAAAGAAAGUUACACCUACACACUUUUUUUUCUGGAUAGAUGACCCCGUUCCAGCAGUACAACCCGGCCACGCAGUGCGCGGGCAAGGUAUCAACUGUAAAAAUGUCUGGGUCUGGAAGAUUCUGACACUUGUCAUGCACGUUUUGCAUGAGCCAUGAUGUCUGUGAUGCAUACCCUAGCAAUACAGAUUUUCUAAGGGCUUCGUGAUGCCUAUUCCGCAUGACAAAUGCCUUCUCAGCGUAGCAAAAAUUGCAUUCCCUUUGCUACUCAUGCAAUACAGAUUUUUUUGGAAUCCAAAUGCAGCAUCACAAGUUGCAUUCUUCCAGACCCAGACACUUUUGCAAUCCAUACAAGGCCUGGAAAAGCGAUUUCUCCCAGUUCAUGAAGUGCGCGCCCUACAUGCCGGGGGAGCGGUUGUACUAUUUGUUUCUAGCGGUCCGCGGGGUUCUGUGCGGGAUGUUCGUGUGGGCGGUGGUGACGACGAACGCGAAGUUUAUGCGGGUGGAGAUUGGCCAGACGCGGUUCUACCGCGGGCUGCGGGCCGAGGUGGCGAUUAUUAAGAUUAUCGCCUGGGAGUCCGCGUUCGUGGCGGUCGGGGCGUGGUACGUGCCCCAGGGGCUGUACGACUACCUGAACUGGGGCGGCAUGGCGCCGCUGCAGAUCUUACUCAUCCUCUUCACCGCCUGGUACACGGUCUACAUGGGGUACUUCUGCACGUGGUGCCUGCUCGACCUGUUUGUGGACUUCGAGUACAUAUCCUGUGCAAAAGUAUCGUACUCGUAGUAAUUGCUAUCAUGCAUGACAAAUAUCCCUUUUUAGGUGAAUCAGCAUUACAAAUUCCAUUUUUCUUCCUGAAAAAAUUUGUGAUGCAAUUUAUACAACUAAUACGAUACUUUUGCAAUGCAUAGUACACCGACCGGCGGCUCGCCCAGAAGUUCGACCAGAGCUGGGUCCCCCACGAGAAGGAGUUGGCGGAGGCGCUGCGCUAUCAAAUGCAAAAAUGUCUGGGUCUGGAAACUUGUAAUGCUAAAAGUGAAUGAUAAACGUACUGCAAUACGCAGCUAUGCAUAACAAAUUUUUUUGGCUGCCAUGUCUUACGUAUUCCGCAUGGUAAGCUGCGUUUUUGCAUGACAGGUCAGAGGGCCUUUCCGUGCCUAUGCAACACAGAUUCUCGACUCAUGCCAGACAAGCAUGACAAACUUGCAUCCUUCCAGACCCAGACACUUUUGCAUUUGAUAUGCGCGCGGUGCACGAGACACGCACCGUGCACCCGGAGCGCGGGCAGGCGUUGACAGACUUGUUGGAGCUGCCGCCGGACGAACUGGAGGUGAACCAGGUGUUGCUGUACAAAAACCGACCGAGCACGAUGCCGGCACACGUGUUUCGCACGUCGAACUAUGCAAAUCUCACGGCAGGUGGGUCGUCACCGAACGACACCAUGCAACCACCUCUACCCGGGGACGGUACCACAGAUGGUGCCGCCGUCGUCAGAGUCUCGUCGCACAAGGCUAAUCGCAACAGAUCUGUCGCCUCGACCGCGGCAGGCCCUCCGGGGUCGGUACCCUCGUUCGGCGGGAUCGACAGCAGGACAAAGCGGCGGAUGCACAAGGAAAAUCCCUGGCUCGACGCUCCACUGAUGCACGCGCUCACGCGGGGCGGCAUCGAUGGAUACUCAGCAAGUGAGGAGGAAACGUAG